AUGAAUCGAAAAGUGAAAUUAUUAAUACCAAAAGAUCGAGGCGAAUUAAUUCCUAUCUUUUUCGUCGUCGUUCUCAUCCUUGUCUAUGUGACUUUCGAAUUGUGUGUUAUCUUACCGACAAUCUACAAUAACAUUUUUACUUAUAAAGAAAUCUGCCAUCUUAUCUUCGGCUUCUAUGUAAUUUUUAAUUUAAUUGGCAAUCUAUUCUUAUGUAUGGCGACAGAUACAUCAAUAGAUACAAUCAUUUGUCCUGUCUUAUUACCAGCUCCGACAGUACAUACAUCAACAAAUUCUCAACAAGACAUGCUUUUUUAUUACUGUAAUUGGAGUUAUUGUCAUCAAUGUGAAGUUAAUGUUCCACCACGCUCACAGCAUUGUCAUUUGUGUAAAAAAUGUGUUCUAAAACGUGAUCAUCAUUGUUCAUUUCUUGGCCGAUGCAUUGGCUUUCGCAAUAUUCGUUAUUACAUGUGUUUUCUCGUUUGGACAUGGAUUGGUCUAGUCUACUGUAAUAUUCUUCAUAUGGACUAUACUUAUGAACUUGUUGGCAGCUUUUCAUGGCGUGUCAUUGUUGCAUGUCUUUUCCCAUUUGGUGCGUGGCUAUUUCGUGUACUCGAUCACUUCUCUCUUCUCUUAUCAUUUAUUUGUUCAACGUCACUCGUUCUCAGUCUCUACAUUCUUUUCUUAAUUAUUCAACAAUCGUAUUUGAUCAUCAAUGGUCAAACAUGGCACGAGUAUGGCAAAAAUAUUCAGAUAUACAAUACUUACAAAAAUCUUCAAUCAAAUAUCGAAAUCGUCUUUGGCAAACGAUGGUUUUUCGUAUUCUUCUCACCUCUUGUCUCAUCACCACCAUUAGGUGAUGGAAUGACAUUCGAUACGACAAUGGGCGAUGAUUCCGGUGAUAUACGACGAAUGGGAAUGAAACGAACAUAA